CUCAAUCCUUGGAAGACCAUAGGAACUUACAUCCCAGCAUCGCUCUCCUCCCUCUCAUACUGCACUGACAUCCCCGCCGCCAUGCCCGUACCAGUAGGAAGCAUCCCAGGCGGCCAACACGGCCCCUCCACCUUCGACAAACUGAAGAUGGGAGGCAUGAUGGGCGGAUCUGUUGGCUUGAUCAUUGGCUUCAUAUUCGGCUUCACGAAUAUAUUACGCUACGGUCCCGGUCCCAAUGGUAUGAUGCGCACACUGGGACAAUACAUGCUCGGUUCGGCCGCGACUUUUGGCUUCUUCAUGGCCAUUGGUACGACGAUUCGGACAGACAGCUCGGCGAUGGCGGCCGAGGCAUUUGCGAAAGCUCAGAGGAGGCCAGUGGUGCUGCCUGCGCGGUACAGGCUUCCGAAGGAGGAGAGGCGAGAAUGAGGAGAGGAUGUGUAGGAUAUGUGUAUUAUAUGUGGACUUGGGAUGUGAAAAUGUGGCGGGAUGCGAGGAGAUUAGUCCGGGCUAGAAGCUGUGGAUACGUGUUUGGGCGCAGGUCACGAAGUUGAGGAAGGCAGGCAAAGUUGAAGAGACGCAAUGCAGUUGCAGGAUUCCGAGAACCGAAACGAAGUCCGUUUAGCAUCAUGACAUAUUUGACAAGGCGGUUGGAAUAUUGUCACGGUUCUGUCCGACCUCGGUCACUGUAUGUUCAUCAUUACUUCUGCAUUAUGAAUACUAUAUAUCAUGCCUUCUUCGUGGGCCGUGCUUGUUACGCCGGAUGCAGCACG